UCGAUGAAAAUGAGGUGCGAUUUGUGCGACAAAUACUUCUCACCACAACUUCUGGUCCAUCACUUGUCCACACAUUUGGACCACAGUUUGCAGACAUUGGAUGACAACAACACUAACAGUAUUCUGACGGACACUUCCAUCCAUGUGUGCCGUACUCUUGAGACCACUACCGGUCCACUCAUCUCACAUACAGAUGACCUCCGCGUCAAACAAGAGUUUAGUGACCACUCGGACGAUGACAGCAAUUGGUCGGCCAUUAAUGAUAUGUCCGACGAGUUGGACAGUACUGACGAGGAAUGUGAAGAGCAAGAGUCUUGUGGAAGUGCUUCCAAUAGUAAACGCAAUCUGCGAUCAGUGACUAAAGACGUUAAAAAUGAAGAGUUGUCUGAAAAAUGUGAUUUAGUGUGCAAUGAGUGCGAGAAGUCAUUCAAAAGUCAGUUGUCUUUAUCUAUACAUUUAGCGAAGACUCAUAAGAUUGAGGGAAAGUAUCAGUCGAUUAAAUGCUAUAAAUGCGGACAAAGUCUCCCAAAACGUCAAAUGAGAGCCCAUUUGCUCGAAGAGCACAAUAUUAGCACUUAUUCGGUGUCCAAGAAGUUGUCGGACCUGUCGUGCUCUUGGCCUGAAUGUGAGCGCACAUUCCGAACACAGUCUACUUUGGACAGUCAUCUCAGGAAACAUACGGGUGAUCUGCCCUUCAAGUGCCAGUGGCCGGGAUGUGACCGACAAUACGACAAACAACAGCGACUGGACGGACACGUGACUAUGCAUACGGGAGAGAAGCCGUUCGCGUGCGAGUGGCCCGGAUGUGGCAAAUCGUUUAGACAUUACUCUACCCUUAAAUCACACGCUUAUACUCACGAUAAGAAUAUUCCGCGAAAACACAUCUGUUAUUACCCCGCGUGUGACCGCUCUUACGAUAAUCCCGCAAAACUCAAUGAACACAUAUAUAGUGUCCAUAAAAAGGAUGAGAAGCCCUUUAAGUGCACUGAAGAUGGCUGUAACUCGACGUUCAUAUCAGCAAAGAAUAUGCGUUUACAUUUACGAACAAUACAUACACCGGAAACUCGUGUCCGAUAUAAGUGUUCAGUAGAGGGCUGUGAGAAGACAUUCUUCGAGAAGAAAGUGCUGAACAAACACGAGGCGCGCAAACACGCGGACAGAGCACCGGUAGUCAAAAAGAAGCGUAAGAGGUAUCCGCCUAAACCGGGCUCAAGGAAAUUCAAAUAUACCACUAAAAGCUCGCAGUGCGAUUGGCCCGGUUGUGAUUAUAAAGCUGAAUACCCGGCCAAAGUUAAUUUGCAUAAAAUGCGUGUCCAUACGGGUGAGAAGCCUGUGGCCUGUCAGUGGCCGGGCUGUACGUACCGCGCCGUUCGCAAGUGUGAGAUCGACAUUCAUAUGAUGAAACACACGGGUGAGGCUCCCUAUCCGUGCGAACUGCCCGACUGUGGCCGUCGGUUCAAAUCCCAGAGAGCGCUCGACACUCAUUGGCAUAAAACACAUCAUUUAGGAUAA